CCUCAUUCAUCUAAAUCCUCCAGUUACAAGAUCCUGUCCAAGAUCGGAUGAUCACCAGAAUGCCAGCAUGGUCAUGUUGUUAAGCAGAGUCCUCCCACAGGGCUCUGUAUUUAGAAGUCUCGACCUUCUCAGGAGGAUUUUCUCAAUUCUUCUGCUCGUUUCGGACCUCUUUGGCGCCAUGUCACCUUUUCACACUGCAAAGGCGUUGCAGAUGCAUCCCAUUCAUAACGACGACCAAGCAGGAGACCGGGACCGGCAAGAAGGAGAUGCAAGUGCUGGACCAUGUAUCGGAGCUAGUAGUAUGACAUCGUCUAGUAGUACUUCUACUAGGCCCAUUUUACUCAACACAGAAGGUCAAGGUGCUGCGGGAGCGCCUGCUUCUAUGUUGGCUGAUAGGAGCGCGAAUGUUUUAAGUGGUUCGGCUAGCCAACAGGAAUCGGCUAGCCAACAGUUCCAGACCCCAGAUGAGAUGUCACAGCACGCGACCACCCCUUCAGCUUUUUCGCCAACGCCGGGUCCUAUCUCUUCCGCAGC